AUGGCCCCUGGGAAUACUGGUCGUUUUGUUAAACCCUUAGAGAAGUCAUUUUUUAAUCAAUUCAAAGAAGAUUCCAGUGAUGUUCGGUUGAAGCAAUCUAUAGAAAAUGAUUUGAUUGACAACAAAUAUGGUUUUUUUCGCGUUAAAGAUUACCAAGAGCAUACUGGUUAUCUCAUCAACAUGCAUAGCACCGAAAUUGUUGAUGAGGAUAAACGUUUGGUAGCUGCUGUCGAUUAUUAUUUCAUCAAAGAUGACGGGUCUCGAUUUAGAGUCACCCAACCAUUUCAACCAUAUUUCUAUCUAUUAGCUAAAAAAGAAUAUAUUCAAGAAGUUGUUGCUUACAUAAGUAAAAAAUUUGCCGGUAGUUUUACAAGUAUUGACACGGUCAUGAAAGAAGACCUAGACUUGCCAAAUCAUCUGAUAGGCUUAAAACAAAGAUAUAUAAAAAUUUCAUUUGCAACAGUUACUGAAAUGAAUAAAAUGCGCCAAGCUAUAAUGCCAGCAGUCCGUAAAAAUCGCUUAGCACUAAAAAAUAAUUCUUAUUACACAGAAAUGUUGACAGAAUCUUUAGCUAAUUUAUCUGAAGUAGUUUCAUCAAAGAAGCAAGUUGAUCACAUGGAAAAUAUAAUUGAUAUCAGAGAGUAUGAUGUAGUAUAUCAUAUACGAGUAUCUACAGAUUUAAAGAUAUUCACUGGAUUGUGGUAUACAGUUCAAUGUCGUGGACCCUAUAACCAAGCAACAUUUAUUCAACGCGAUGAUAUUAUAGACCGACCUGACAUGAUUGUUUUGGCAUUUGAUAUUGAAACAACAAAACUUCCACUUAAAUUUCCUGAUGCAAAUACAGAUCAAAUUAUGAUGAUUUCAUAUAUGAUUGAUGGUCAAGGAUAUUUAAUUAAUAAUCGAGAAAUUAUAUCUGCAGAUGUUGUUGACUUUGAGUACACACCAACACCAGAAUUUGAAGGUUUAUUCACUAUUUUUAAUGAACCUGAUGAAGCUGCUUUGAUAAAUCGUUUUUUUGAGCACAUAAUGGAAAUUCGCCCUCAUAUAAUUGUAACAUACAAUGGUGACUUUUUUGAUUGGCCAUUUGUGGAAACUCGAGCAGCAGUUCAUGAUUUAAAUAUGUCUCAAGAAAUAGGAUUUUCUAAAAAUACAGCUGGAGUAUAUAGUUGUCGGCCUGCUAUGCAUAUGGAUUGUUUAUGUUGGGUUAAACGAGAUUCUUACCUUCCAGUAGGAUCACAAAAUUUAAAAGCAGUUGCUAAAGCAAAAUUACGUUAUGAUCCCGUGGAGCUUGAUCCAGAAGACAUGUGUCGACUAGCCACAGACGAACCUCAAGUACUUUCUAACUAUUCAGUGUCAGAUGCCGUUGCUACUUAUUAUUUAUAUAUGAAAUAUGUUCAUCCUUUCAUAUUUGCUUUAUGCACUAUCAUCCCUAUGGAGCCCGAUGAGGUAUGGUUUUUAAUAAAUAUUACGUUUAUAUAA